AUGCAAGAGGAAAAUUCCGUUGCAAUCGGGAACGAGGCGGGUAAAACAUCACAGGGUACGGUAGCGGUGGCCAUCGGGUAUUGGGCGGGCCAGACGUCCCAAGGCGAAAAUUCCGUGGGAGCGGACGCGGUCGGUGUAGGCUAUGGUGCGGAAGAACUGAACCAGGGUAUCCGUGCAGUAGCAAUCGGCAAUCAAGCAGGGAACACAGGGCAACUGACCAACAGUGUGGCUGUUGGGUUUUCCGCGGGUCUGACAAACCAGGGGAACUACUCGGUCGCCUUAGGCUCGAGCUCGGGGGUCAGGAUUCGCCCCAAUGAAAUUUACCAUAGUUUCUAA